ACAACCACUCCAACAACAACCACGACACCCGCUGCAACAACAACCACGACAGCCGCUGCAACAACAACCACGACAGCCCCUCCAACAACAACCACGACAGCCCCUCCAACAACAACCACUACAGCCGCUGCAACAACAACCACGACAGCCACUCCAACAACAACCACGACAGCCCCUCCAACAACAACCACGACACCCGCUGCAACAACAACCACGACAGCCGCUGCAACAACAACCACGACAGCCGCUGCAACAACAACCACGACAGCCCCUCCAACAACAACCACUACAGCCGCUGCAACAACAACCACGACAGCCGCUACAACAACAACCACGACAGCCGCUACAACAACAACCAUGACAGCCGCUGCAACAACAAUCACGACAGCCCCUCCAACAACAACCACGACAGUCCCUCCAACAACAACCACGACAGCCGCUGCGACAAAAACCACGAUAGCCACUGCAACAACAACCACGUCAGCACCUCCAACAACAACCACGACAACCACACCAACAACAACCACAUCUGCCCAAACAUCUACGACAGCCGCUCCAACAACAACCACGACGGUAGAUCCAACAACCACACUUCCACCCACCACCACCACACCUCCUACAACAACCACCCCUCCACCCACCACCACACCGCCUCCAACAACAACCACACCUCCACCCACCACCACCACACUGCCUCCAACAACAACCACACCUCCAACCUCCACCACCACCACCACACCGCCUCCAACAACUACCCCUCCACCCACCACCACACCGCCUCCAACAACAACCACUUCUCCAACCUCCACCACCACCACACCGCCUCCAACAACUACCCCUCCACCCACCACCACCACACCGCCUCCAACAACUACCCCUCCAACCUCCACCACCACACCGCCUCCAACAACAACCACACCUCCAACCUCCACCACCACCACACCGCCUCCAACAACAACCACACCUCCAACCUCCACCACCACCACACCGCCUCCAACAACAACCACCCCUCCACCCACCACCACCACACCGCCUCCAACAACAACUACCCCUCCACCCACCACCACCACACUGCCUCCAACAACAACUACCCCUCCACCCACCACCACCACACCGCCUCCUCCAACAACUACCCCUCCACCCACCACCACCACACCGCCUCCAACAACAACUACCCCUCCACCCACCACCACCACACCGCCUCCAACAACAACCACACCUCCAACCUCCACCACCACCACACCGCCUCCAACAACAACCACACCUCCAACCUCCACCACCACCACACCGCCUCCAACAACAACUACCCCUCCACCCACCACCACCACACCGCCUCCAACAACAACUACCCCUCCACCCACCACCACCACACCGCCUCCAACAACAACCACACCUCCAACCUCCACCACCACACCGCCUCCAACAACAACUACCCCUCCACCCACCACCACCACACCGCCUCCAACAACAACCACACCUCCAACCUCCACCACCACCACACCGCCUCCAACAACAACCACACCUCCAACCUCCACCACCACCACACCGCCUCCAACAACAACCACACCUCCAACCUCCACCACCACCACACCACCUCCAACAACAACCACACCCCACCCCACCACCACCACACCGCCUCCAACAACAACCACACCUCCAACCUCCACCACCACCACACCGCCUCCAAUAACAACUACCCCUCCAACCACCACCACCACCACACCGCCUCCAACAACCACCCCUCCACCCACCACCACCACACCGCCUCCAACAACAACUACCCCUCCACCCACCACCACCACACCUCCAACCUCCACCACCACCACACCUCCUCCAACAACAACCACACCUCCAACCUCCACCACCACCACACCGCCUCCAACAACAACUACCCCUCCCAGCUCCAACAACAACCAUGACAGCAACUCCAACAUCCACGACCACACCUCCAACAACAACGACAACAGCCGCUCUUCCAACAACCUCAACUUCCACUUAGCUUCAGCAGAAAUCAUCCCCACACCUGUAACAACAACCACCAACAUGCCCCCAACAACAACCACCACAGCUCCACCCAUCACUAGCCCACCUCCAAGAAUCACCAGUGUAACAACCACACCACUACCUGCCACUACCCAACCUCCAACUAUCACCGAUGUAACAAUCACCACCACACCUCCACGCACCUCUAACAACCACAGCUCCCAACAACCAGCACCACCACAUCUCUAA